GAGUGCAAAUCCGUUAGUGACAUUUAUAACUUUCGAAUUAAUUCAUCUUUUCCGUUGUCCGCUGUGAAAGUAGCGAAAAUUGGCGCGAUGAGGAUUUUUGUUAUCGCCGUGUGUGUAGCUCUGGCAACCGCAAGGCCAGAAGCUGGUGGUGGCUAUCGGUAUAGCUCGCCAUUACUACCGAUCUCGGGAGCAGGACCUGGACUUGCUGCAGGACCCUGCUGUCAACAAUUAUCCCAAAUCAAAGGUGGCUUACACGGAGGUGGAUUAGUGGGUGGACCUGGUGCUGGUGGAUUUGCAUCGGGCGGUGGAUUCGGCCAUGGAUUAAGUGCGGUAGUGUCUUCAUCAUAUUCUGCCAGUAGUACAGGAGGCGGUGGAUAUAUUACAGGACAUGGCUCUGCUCCUGCUCCUGCCCUCAUUGCAACUCCUACUCCAGUAACAUUCACUGCCCCUGCUCCUGGAAUUGGAUACUCACAUGGAUCUAGUGGAUUUUCGUCGUUCUCUGGACAUGGAGCCGGUGGUUCUAUCGGAAUCGGAGGUGGAUUAGGACAUGGUGCUGGAUUAGGAUUAGGACACGGAAUUGGAGGUGGAAUAGGACCAGGAAUUGGAAGCGGAGUAGGACCAGGAAUUGGUGGUGGAAUUGGGCAAGGUGUUGCUGGUGGAUUUGGACAUGGCAGUGGAGUUGGCAUCGGUAGUGGAGGAUUCGUCCCAUCAGCUGGUGGCCCUGGAAUCGGUGGUGGUGCUGGUGGAUUUGUCGGUGGAGCUGGAUUUUCAGGAGGAAGCUUCAGCUCAUCUGGAGUAGAAACAUCUGCCAGCAUUGGAGCAGCCUCCAUUCCCGACAAUUCUGGUUCAACACUAAUUCAAAAACAUAUCUACGUUCACGUUCCUCCACCAGAUCCAGAGGAGCAAGUUCAUGCAUCUAAAAUAACCCAAUUUGCUCAACCACGAAAACACUACAAAAUUAUCUUCAUCAAGGCUCCAACCGUCCAGGCUCCAUCAGCUGCACAAAUUGCUGCUGCAAAUGCUCUCACCGAAGAGAAAACUCUUGUCUACGUUCUAGUCAAGAAACCAGAGGAACCAUCAGUCGAACAAUUACAAACUCUCCAAAGUACCGUCCAUCAUCAUAAACCUGAAGUCUACUUCAUUAAGUACAAGGCCAAGACCCAACCUCAAGGACCAGGUUUAGGAUUAAUUGACAAUUUCGGAGCAGGAGGAUCAUCUAUUGCUCACGGGGCAUCCCUUGCUCAAGCCAGUGCAGCUAGUUUCGCCAGCGGUUCAGCAUCACUAGUUCAAGAAGGUGGAGCAAGCUUCUCUAGUGGUCCAGGCGUUGCAUUGACUACCAACAUUGGAGCAGAACAUAAUAUUGCAAUUGCAACUCCAUCACCAACUCCCUAUGCACCAGCUGGAAAUCCAUUGAUCGAACCUCGUGCGCCCGGAAAGAUCAUUCCUGCUGAUACCUAUGGACCACCACCAGAUGCUGUAUAAAGAUGUUCGUUUGAGGGGUUAUUUCUAACAAAAUCACGAAAAGUAUUAAAAUAUUAGUACAAAGAUGAUUGAUUCCGCCUCCUCAUCGUUCCAUUGUUAUAUUGUAUGAAAAAGUCAUAUUUUUUUCUUUUUCUAUUGUUAUUUAUUUUUCAUCGAACGAUUGUCUUUGUGCUUUGUAAAUAUAUUUUUUUUUAUAAUUUUGAUAAUAUAUUAAUAAAAGCCACUAGCAUUUUUAAAAGAAUUCAA